AUGUUGGAAUGUAAGGAUGAAAAAGAAGAUUUUUUCAACUUAUCGGUGGUUAAUCAAGAUGAAGAUGAUAAAGAAUUUGACGUGAAAAGUCAAAAAGAAUGGCUCGAGAUGCAAAUAUCCGAAUGUGAGAUGUUACAAUCGAUGUUUCCCAGGUCUGACGAAUUAUCUAUUGAUUAUGGAAUUUUAGUAGAUGUUCAAGAUUAUUUGUCAGGGAAAUCGUUAGUAAAACCCCCUCAAUUAAAUUAUACCGUACAUUUAAAUAUAUGCGAUUCGAAAUUGGAUGUAAUAAUAUUUCUCCCAUCGGAAUAUCCUCACGUCAAACCCGAAGUGUAUGUUAGAAGCGAUCAAUUAAAUAGGAAUCAGCAAAAUACUUUAAACGAAUCAUUGUCUAAUUAUAUUUCAAAUCUUGAAAAAGAUGAAAUCAUUAUUGGUUCAAUAAUUUUUUGGUUACAGGAAAAUGCAGAAACAUAUUUUCUUGUGUCAAAAAAUGAAGUAAAAGACUCUGUGAGCAAUGUUAAAAAAGAGGAAAAUAUUUUUAAUAGAUUGUGGAUUUAUUCUCAUCAUAUUUACUCCAAAGUCAAAAGGAGAAUAAUUUUAGAUUUGGCAGAUGAAUAUGUAUUAACUGGAUUCUGUCUACCUGGCAAACCUGGAAUUAUUUGCUUUGAAGGAUAUGAAAAUAAUUGUCAGGAAUCAUGGAAAAAGUUAAAAAGCUUGACAUGGAAAAAAAUUCUAUGCAUAUCAAAAGAAAGAGUUGAAGCAGAUUGUGAUAUAGAUAAUUUAAGAAAAUUUAAAAAUUUUGAAGAAAUAUCAUUUAGCAAUUGUAGAAAAAAAAAACAAGAUCAUCAUAUGGAUUUAGGAGAAUUUUACAAAUACUUAAAAACAUAUGAAUGUGAUUAUAUUUUUAAAACAUAUUUCGGAAUGGAUGGAAAAUAA